CAGUCAUCUAAAGGUCAAGUGGCAUGUUCCCGUAAAUACUUCCCCAAACCAGUGGCAUUUCCAAACCAACGGUCACUUAUAAUCCCAAACCCACCCCACAAACCUCUUCCUCUCAAAAACAAAAUUCAGAUUGGAAAACCCCCAAAAAUGGGAAGCUCAAGCUCAAGAACACCGCCACUCUUUGCAUUCAUCUUCGCCUGCGCAAUCUUGGCCGCUCAUUUAGUACAUGCUUCAUCUGCAGCCGUCGAUUUCAGCGGAGGCCACCAGCUGGACCAGCUGAGCUGGGUCUCCACAAGAUCAGCGGGAGGGCUGAUAGCUGAGGACGAGGAUUUGGAGCUGCCGAUGGAGUCCGAGAUCAGCCGGCGCAUCUUAGCCACGAACCGGUACAUCAGCUACGGCGCGCUGAGGAGGAACACUGUCCCCUGCUCGCGACGUGGCGCGUCCUACUACAACUGCCGACCUGGAGCUCAGGCAAAUCCCUACUCUCGCGGCUGUAGCAGAAUAACUCGCUGCAGGCACUAAUUUGUUUUUAUUUUCUUUUAUUUGUUUAAUUUUUACCUUCCCUUUUUUUGUUAUUAUUAAAAAAAAAAAAAGUUUAUAUUAUUUAUGGGGUUAUUGUGUGUUAUAUACUUGAUGAGAUUUUAAUAAUGGUUAGACAAAAUAAUUGAUGUGUCAUAUUGUAAUGUUAAAAUACCAAAUUUUCCGUUCUCUUUUUCUUUUUUAUGUUUUUCUGUUUGGUUGGAUUGUGGAUGGAUGUGCUCGUAAUAUUACCAUUAUUGUCAUA